AACCGUGAGAGAGAGAUUGCGAGAGAGGGAUAUAGCUACAGUGCAGUGACCUACAGAGACAGAUGAGUAAGUGCUGUGUGUGGAGUGUUACCACCGUAUCUUGUUAUCAAGGAUCCCAUUAAGAUGGUCCUGUAGCCCUCGCGCUCCAUAUCUGGAUAUUUCUACUUCCAUGUGGGAUGAGCAGCUGCGCUGAGCGAGAGAGACCGAGGCAUCUGACUUCAACACCAUGAGGUGCCACAAAGUGAAGUCAGUGUAGUGUGAGCGGGAGCCCUGAGAUGGCGACGCAGGGGCUGGCAGCCCGGCUCUUGGUGCUGCUGGCCGUCUUGGCGGUGGCUCAUGCCUCCGUCUUCCAGUCCAAUCAGAGACUGAAACCUCGGUUCCAGCGAGACCGGCGCAACAUCCGCCCCAACAUCAUCCUCAUCCUCACCGAUGACCAGGACAUUGAAUUGGGCUCCAUGCAGGUCAUGAAUAAGACCCGGCGGAUCAUGGAACAGGGUGGAACGCACUUUUCCAACGCGUUUGUCACCACGCCCAUGUGCUGUCCGUCACGCUCCUCCAUGCUGACGGGGAAGUACGCCCACAACCACAACACCUACACCAACAACGAGAACUGCUCUUCUCCCUCCUGGCAGGCCCAACAUGAGCCGCGCACUUUUGGAGUUUACCUAAACAGCACUGGCUACAGGACAGCAUUCUUUGGGAAGUAUCUGAAUGAGUAUAAUGGUACUUACAUUCCUCCGGGCUGGAAGGAAUGGGUCGCCAUGGUGAAGAAUUCCCGCUUCUACAACUACACUCUGUGCAGGAACGGUGUCCGAGAGAAACAUGGAUUUGAAUACUCAAAGGACUACCUGACAGAUCUCAUAACCAAUGACAGCAUCAGUUAUUUCCGCAUGUCAAAGAAGAUCUACCCUCACCGACCCAUCAUGAUGGUGAUCAGUCACGCCGCCCCUCAUGGCCCAGAGGACGCGGCCCCUCAGUACACCACUGCCUUCCCCAACGCUUCACAGCACAUAACACCCAGUUAUAACUACGCCCCUAAUCCAGACAAACACUGGAUUAUGCGCUACACCGGCCCCAUGAAGCCCAUUCACAUGGAGUUCACCAACGUACUGCAGCGCAAGAGACUGCAAACCCUGCUGUCUGUGGAUGAUAGUGUGGAGAAGAUAUACAACAUGUUGGUGGACACUGGGGAGCUGGACAACACAUUUGUGAUCUACACGGCUGACCACGGAUACCACAUCGGUCAGUUCGGCCUGGUCAAGGGGAAAUCCAUGCCCUAUGAGUUUGACAUCAGAGUUCCCUUUUACAUCCGCGGCCCAAAUGUGGAGGCAGGAGGCAUCAACCCCCACAUCGUGUUGAACAUAGACUUGGCACCCACCAUCCUGGACAUCGCAGGGAUGGACGUUCCCCCAGACAUGGACGGCAAGUCCAUCCUCAAGCUCCUGGACACAGACCGCAUGAUGAACAGGUUCCAGCUCAACAAGAAAGGAAAAGUGUGGAGGGACUCGUUCCUGGUGGAGAGAGGAAAACUGCUGCAUAAAGUGUUGAAUGAUGGGAAGGAUAUGGCCCAGGAGGAAAACUACCUGCCCAAAUACCAGCGUGUUAAAGACCUGUGCCAGCGUAGAAAUAAAUUACAUUCUAAAAUAUAUUGCAAUAGAAAAUAUAAAACUGCAUGAUGUCCCUCUUUGUCUGUGUUUCUGCAGAAGUGGCAGUGUGUUGAAGACGCCACAGGAAAGCUGAGGUUGUCUAAAUGCAAAGGCAUGGCCAGUCUGUCUGCAGUGCGGAAGCCGUCUGUAUCCAGCAUCAAAUCACAGAUUUAUCUGCAGAGCAUGAGCACUGAUGCCAGCGUGAACUCUGAGCCUCAAGGCUGCAAUUGUGAACCCACAAGCUACAGACUGAGCACCUUCUCCAAGAAUAAACUGUUCUCCAAAAAGAAACUGAAAUCCCUGAAGAGCUACUCCAGGAACCGCUUUGCCCGUGCUGUUUCCAUGGAGAUGGGAGGAGACCUGUACGCAGUGGACCUGGAUCAUGAAUACAGACCCUCAGGCCCCAGAAACCUCAGCGUCGGGCAGAACACCGCAGACGAGGACGAGUUCAGUGGUGUGGGACCCACUGCAGUCAGCCAGACCAGCAACAGCCUGACUGUGCCCUCCUCUAUUAAAGUCACUCACAGAUGUUUCAUUUUGGCCAAUGAUACAGUAAAAUGUGACGUUGGUCUGUACAAAUCGCUGCAAGCAUGGAAGGACCACAAGCUCCACAUCGACCACGAAAUCGAAACACUCCAGACGAAGAUUAAAAACCUUCGUGAGGUCAGAGGUCACCUGAAAAAGGCUCGACCUGAAGAGUGCGACUGCAACAAAUACUAUUACAAAUCCAAGUACAAGAGUAAGCUGAGGAAAUUCAAAGCAGGAGGUGUCCAUCCCUUCAGGAAAGGACAGGAGAAGGAUAAGAAGGCCUGGUUGUUGUUGGAACAAAAGCGCAGGAAGAAGCUGAGGAAGUUACUGAAGCGCCUGCGUAACAAUGACACCUGCAGCAUGCCUGGCCUCACCUGCUUCACACACGACAACCAGCACUGGCAGACCGCUCCAUUCUGGACAUUGGGGCCGUUUUGUGCGUGCACUAGUGCCAAUAAUAACACCUACUGGUGCAUGAGGACCAUUAAUGAGACACACAACUUCCUGUUCUGUGAAUUUGCCACUGGAUUUCUGGAGUACUUUGACAUCAACACGGAUCCGUAUCAGUUGGUGAAUGCAGUGAACACACUGGACCGGUAUGUUCUCAAUCAGCUGCAUGUUCAGCUCAUGGAGCUCAGGGGCUGUAAGGGACACAAGCAGUGUAACCCUCGCACACGCAGCCUCGACUUCGAGGACAGAUAUGGGAAGGAUGGGAAGGAUAACUCAUGGAAUGAGGGCGUCCCGGAAGACAUCAACAUGUUUCCCGGCGAGCCGAACUGGUCCGAACUUGAACCUUUGUACAGACUUGAUGAGCACGCCUACGAUCUCAAACUCAACUUCACCCUCAGCCUCGAGGACUGGGCUCAUUUCAGCCGCUCCGUGGACCACAUGUUCACGCUUCUCAGCAAUGACAACCAACCGUACUCUCCACGCCGCCCUGACGACAGACAAACAGGAAGAGGCCACGCCCUGGUGUCCUCCAGCCAAUCCGCUUCAGCCAUCUACCUGACCACUCUGGCCACGCCCGCUCUUUUAUUGAAGGAAGCUGGCGCUGAGGUCUUAAGAGACGUUUUGGGGCUAAACCAAGUGGAACGUCCCUCUUCUUCUUCUCCUCCUUCGCCUUCAUCACAUCCCAUGCGACCUGCGGGCUGGGACACUCCUCUUGGAGAACUGAAAGGGGACAAACAAAUAGAAGGGAGGGACGAUGAUGAGGAGGAAGAGGAGGAGUUUGUUCAGAGACGGACAGGAAGGUUAAGCUCCGCCCACUGUGACUGCAAUGACAUUUUGCAGGAAACGGUUUGACUCUCAUGUAACGUUCCUCUCUCAUACCGUCCCUCCUCAGAGAGACAUCGCAGAAAACUUCUAAAUUUGAUGGAAGUGAAGAAAGAGGCUGUUUAAUGCCAGCGUACAGUCCUUCGGUUUGUUUUUCUUCUCCCAUAUGUUCCCUCGCUCCAUUAUGGACUGGCCUCAGAAGCGCAGCGACACCCAGCGACAUUUCCGUCUACAGUUGGACUGUUUUCCCAACUUGUCCAUAAGAUCGGCUAGGCUUUGAACAGAGCACAUUUUUAUCUUUUAACUUAGAUUAUUUACUCUAUUUUUAUUCUUUCAUCUUUUUUUGAUGGGAUUUGGGAAGGUUGGGGGUUAAAAUUCAUAGCAGUAAAACUUCACAACGAUUGAGUUGUUGUGACCGUUCAUACUUGAUUCAGUUUGAAACCGGUUUUGCACCAUUAUUCUUGAUGGCUGCUUUUCUCAUUUUGGUGUCUCCAGAGGGUGUCUCACUUUUUGGGACGAUAACUUUUACAGCCUUCACUGAACAAAACCUCAAACAGAUCAAUGACGAAUGUGUGUUUGUGUGCUGUGUGAGUGUGAACACGCUGUAUCUGAAGUCAAAAGUGAAUUUGAGAGCAUUCUGAUUUCAUUUGUUGCUCCCAGUGUAUGUUAUAGUAUUAUUUCGUUUAAUCUUAAAUAUUGGACAGUUUUUUUGUUCAAUAGAAAUAAAAUCUAAAUUUCUUACAAUUUCUUUGCUGUUAUUGCAGCAUAAUGAGUUGAACCAACUAACCACAAAAACAAAAAAGAAAGAAAAACAGUUAAUUUGAUGUAUCGGUCAUUAUUUGUAUUUGACAAAAUUGUAUGGUUUCCCCAAGCAGAUUGAGAACGAAAUUUUGAUGUACCGAACAUGCCACGUCAUAUUUGUAACCUUUGCUUGUUCUUAAAACCUUUGCUGUACACAAUGCUACUAAUAUCAGAGCAAAAAUAUUAAAUGGAUGUAUGUAUUUUAAUGUGUUUGCAAUGUAAAUGGUUAAAGGAUAUUUUUAUUACACAUUUGAAGCUAAACUGACCACCAGACAUAAAGAUUUCACUCCAGCUUCAGGUUUAUUUAUGCUGCAUAUUUUAACAGUUCUUUAAUACACAUAUUCAGUUUGUUAUGGUGACAUAUCUAAGAUUUUUUAAAUUAUUAAUCCACCUUCCUGAUGUAUUUCAUCCAUCCCUGUUUUGAGAUCAGUUUGGUUCUUUGAUGAUUGUGAUUCUAUUGUUCAAGAGGGUAAUAAUCUGAUCCCUGAUCAGUCCACUUACUCUGGGAUACUUCAUCAGCACAGGUCAUUGUGUUCACAUAUUUCAUAUCAAUGUACAACAUCCACCCCUCACCUCUCGUGGCUGUACUAAAAGCAGUUUUGUCUGAGAUUGUGUAUGGUUGUUUUAAAUACCACCAUAAUUAUUGUAAAGAUGUACUGUGCAUAAACUGGAGGAUAGGAGACAACUUGGAGAGAAGGAGAAAUGUUCCUUUGGCACUUUUUUUUGGAAUAGGAAU